UACCAUUUGCCUCUUGAUGUCUUACCGGCUGUGACAGAGGGUCCUGGCCCCAGGACAACAAAGGAAGACUUGUGCAGGGGGAACAGACCUUUCCGCUACUGUGGAAUAAAUACCAUGGAACUGUCAGACAGCGACCGUCCUGUCAGCUUUAGUUCCACAUCCUCCUCUGUCUCCUCCAGGGAUAGCCACAGUUCCUUUGGCAGCAGAAUGACCUUAGUUUCAAACAGCCAUUUGGGUUUGUUUAACCAGGAUAAGGAAGCAGGGGCCAUAAAACUAGAGCUGAUUCCAGCCAGGCGAUUUUGCAGCAACGAGCUACAAAGAUGUAACCCCACAGAGCAACAGAAUACCAAGGAAAGCCUUGAAAAAAGGCCAAAUAUGCCAAGGAAAGCUGAAUCUAAGGGAACGAACAAAAACUGUGCUAUGUCCUUGGUCACAGAGCCCACAAGUCCAAAGCUCCUGUACGUUGACAGAGUUGUCCAAGAAAUUCUGGAGACCGAGAGGACGUACGUGCAGGAUUUAAAGAGCAUUGUAAAGGACUACCUUGAUUGUAUCACUGACCAAUCCAAGCUCUCACUGGGGACAGAAGAACAAUCAGCCCUGUUUGGAAACAUACAAGAUAUCUACCAUUUCAACAGUGAACUUUUGCAAGAUUUGGAAAACUGUGAAAAUGACCCUGUGGCUAUUGCAGAAUGUUUUGUUUCAAAGAGUGAAGAUUUUCACAUAUAUACACAGUACUGCACCAAUUAUCCAAGAUCAGUGGCUGUGCUAACAGAAUGCAUGAGGAACAAGACACUGGCCAAGUUCUUCAGAGAACGGCAAGAAGCUUUACAACACUCUCUCCCCUUGGGAUCAUAUCUCUUAAAACCUGUCCAACGAAUCUUAAAGUACCACCUGCUUUUGCAUGAAAUAGAAAACCACCUUGACAAGGACACUGAGGGUUAUGAUGUAGUGCUGGAUGCCAUAGAUACAAUGCAGAGAGUGGCAUGGCAUAUUAAUGACAUGAAGAGGAAACAUGAACAUGCUAUCAGGCUGCAGGAGAUACAAAGUUUACUCACUAACUGGAAAGGGCCAGAUCUCACUAGCUAUGGGGAGCUGGUUUUAGAAGGAACAUUCCGCAUUCAACGAGCCAAAAAUGAGCGCACUUUGUUCCUCUUUGACAAAUUGCUGCUUAUUACAAAGAAGAGAGAAGAAAUGUUUACAUACAAAGCUCAUAUAUUGUGUGGCAAUCUCAUGCUUGUUGAGGUAAUACCAAAGGAACCACUUAGCUUUAGUGUCUUCCACUACAAAAACCCCAAGAUGCAGCACACCGUGCAGGCUAAAUCACAGCAAGAUAAACGCCUUUGGAUUCUUCACUUGAAGAGAUUAAUUCUAGAAAAUCACCCUGCUAAAAUUCCUGCUAAGGCCAAGCAGGCAAUUCUAGAAAUGGAUGCCAUACAUCAUCCAGGAUUCCACUAUACUCCGGAGGGAGAAAUGAAAGCAUCAUAUAAUUCUAAAGAAGGUCUUACCCCACGGAGGGUGAGAAGGAAGUCAGAACCUUCAUCUAGAGUCCAUAAAGUUAUGAAGCCAAGCGAAAUAAGUCCAGAGAUGCACAAGCGGAGCAGUAUUGAAGGAGCCCUGCUUUCUCAGGCUGCCAAACUGGGAUCAAGUGAAGCCCUGCUCAGUUCUAGGAAAAAAGGUUCAUUGAAUCUCAGUGGGCUUGUGAAUGAAUUUCAAGGGUCCAUUGAACCAGCCUACAGCAGUGAUCAAGAUGAAAAUCUCCACCCAGGUGCUACAGAACAGAUAGAUGCUGAUGAUGAAGAAGAGUGUGAACAGGGCACACAACAAAAUUCACAGCAAAAACCAAAAGGAGGUAGAAAAAGACUUAAUAGCCAAGCUGCUGAAAAUGUUGAAAAACGAAGAAGUGUUAAUCUCAACAAAUGUGAAAUGCAGAGCUCCAAAGAUCCUUCAGAUGAAGAAUCUACCCAGGUGAAUACAGACCUUUCCUUUUCCUGUUCUGCUAGGCAGCCAUCUAGACAGUUUAGCACACCGCAGAACAACUCACUAAUCAUGGAUAUCCUGGGGGGAACUACCACUGUGAGAAACAUCUGGACUGACCAUCAGAUCAGACAAGCCUUGUUUCCCAGUAGACGGACACCUCAGGAGAAUGAAGACGAUGAAGAUGAUUAUCAGAUGUUUGUACCAUCGGUAUCUACAUCCAAUUCAAGUUCAAUUGUGUGUGAAGAGAGGGGCGCUUCAGGUCGUCCAUGCAGUUGGCAUGUGGGAUUAAUUAAUCAAAAUGAGAUCUCCGGCUCCAGUCAUCAUAGAAUUGUUAGACGGGCCAGUAGUGCUGGUGAAAGUAACUCUUGCCCAAAUAAUGCAAGACAUAGAGGCAAUGACUUUGUCCAGCACAGUUCCCGAAGGGAAGUGAAAAGUAGUUCUACAACUGAUGUGGGCAAUAUCAAUCCUUACCCAGAAUCUUCAGAAGAGUUGACCAUUGAUGAUAUAGAGCAUGUCUAUGAUAACAUAAGUUAUGAAGAUUUAAAACUGAUGGGUCUGACUAGAAGGGAAGAGUCUGGUCAUGGUCCCCAAAGAUCUGCUAGAGACUCUCUCUACAAAAGCCAAAACAAAAGCAGGUUGGUGGAAGCAGCCUCUGAAAAAAGGCAGGCAAAUCAAAAUAGGACCUCCAUUCUUGCUAGUAAAGAUAAAAUCCUACUCAGAAGAGAGGCACCAACUUUAAGUUCACAUGAGCUCAGGAUUGUUGAGGAGAACAUCUAUGACACCAUAGUGCUUCCAGAACCCCCACUAUUGAAUUUCAAAUGCAACCGUCUUAAAUGCUCUAAAAGGAGGAGUUUUUUGGGCCUGGAAACAGACUUUGCAUGUUGUGAUAAUCUAAGGCAGUUUGUUUCUGAAGAGAGUCUCCAGUUCAGUGAAGAUGAAAGUCCAUAUCAUCAUGUUCCUUUAGAUAAUGACUAUUUGAGCUUAGUAGAUAGUUCCUCCAACUCUGAUUCACUCUCCCACAAGUCUGCAGCCGAUAAACUAUCUGAAGAAGUAGAUGAGAUCUGGAAUGACCUGGAGAAUUACAUCAAGAAGAAUGAAGAAAAGACAAGAGACCACGUCCUGGCAGCCUUUCCUGUUUGUAAAGAUGAUAUGCAGGAAAGACUCCAUGUUGGAAGUACUCCUGAACUGAGUAAAGAUGUGGAAUAUUCACUUUCCACACUCUCAUUGCCAGAAACGCCUGUUUUCCCUAAAACUUUGAAACACAGGGUAGCCAGAUUAAGUGAGGCCAGCCUCAGAUUUGAUGAAGCAACAUCAUCUAAAGAUAAUUCAUUUCUGAGUCUUAACAGAUCUUCCUUCUCCAGUGAGUUGCCUUUUAUAGACAGCCCUUAUGAAUCUGCCAAUAGUAUUCUAUCCAAUGCACAUACAGAGAGCACUGACAAUGAAAUGGAUAUUGUGGAUAAAACAAAAAACAGAGUCUUUAUGAUGGCAAGGCAAUACAGUCAAAAAAUUAAGAAGGCCAAUCAGCUUUUGAAGGUAAAAAGUCCAGAGCAGGAACAGCCAUCCAGCCAGCAACAGAAACUGAGGCACAAAGAUCUUGCGGCCAUUUUGGAGGAGAAGAAACAAGGUGGUCCUGCCAUUGGUGCCAGAAUUGCUGAAUAUUCCCAGCUUUAUGACCAGAUUGUUUUUAGAGAGACUUCACCCAAAAUGCAAAAGGAUACAUGGGCCACUCCUCAGAAACCAUCAACCUUAAGGUAUUCAUCCCCCGUGUCAAUAUCUCCUUCUCAUUCUCAGUUAGCUAGUGAACGCUUAAGGGCAGAGGACUGGCUUUUGCAUUCUACAUACAGUAAUGGAGAACUAGCUGAUUUCUCUCCCUGGCCCGAAGUCCACGAUCUGAAGUCAAAGAGCUCCUCUGUAGAGAGCGGUAUAAAAAGCAAUCCAAAACAAUUGCCAUCAGCUUGCUCAGUGCCUUCCCUUCAGAUUUCUACACAUCUGCAUGUCCCAGCACAAAGGUGGAGUGCUAUUAUUAGUCAACCUAACAAAGAGAAUUUACACCAAGAUCACAUUUAUAACUCACUAGGAAAGAAAGCAAAUCAUACAAAAUCACAAGCCUACAGCAGGUCACAGUCCUCUUCCUCAAUUGUGGUCAACCGGUCUGAGGAAUCAAUAACUUACCUAAAUGAAAUGGACAAGAAACAGCUGUACUCAAAUAGAAACUUUAGAUCUGACAGCCAGGAGUCUGUGCCAAAUGCUGCUUCAGGAUUCACAGUAUGUGAUGUGAUGAAGCAGUUCCCUGAAAACUGUUCAGAGAUGAUUCUUCAAGACUCUCAAAAAGUUCUGAGAGUGAACAAGAACUCGCCACUAAAUGCACAAAUAGCUACGCAGAACUAUUUUUCUAAUUUCAAAGAUACUGCAGAAGGAGAAGAGGAUGAUGAUGACUAUGUUGAAAUAAAGUCUGAAGAUGAGGGGUCUGACUUAGAGACUUCCCAGAACCAAACAAAGAAAUCAGACCCAAAGAUAAACAAUGUAGACUCUGCUUCUUCUGAGACUCUCUGUAGCAAAAGUAUGUCUUGUACUCCCGCAAAACCAGUGAAUAGCAAACUUGCCCUUACCCCAUACCUGACUGCAUACAAUGAUUCAGAUAAAUUGAAUGACUACCUGUGGAGUGUUCCAUCUCCUAAUCAGCAGAAUAUUGUCCAGUCUUUAAGGGAGAAGUUUCAGUGUCUUAGCUCAAGUAGUUUUGCUUGA